AUGGACCGCCUCCUCCGCGCGACCCUGAAACGCAGCACCCCCGCGCACGUCUUCCGCCUCACGCUCAACGGGCUGGGCCUGUUCUGCGCCUGCACCCUGGUCUGGGAGCACCUGGUGACCGUGCAGCUGAGCGAGGGCCCCUCGAUGUACCCGACCUUCCAACCGCGCGGCGACUACCUGCUGAUCUCGCGCGUGCACCGCCACGGCCGCGGCGUCGCCGUCGGCGACGUCGUGCGCUUCUACCACCCCUCCUUCCUGGGAGUCAACGGCGCCAAGCGCGUGAUCGGGCUACCGGGGGAUCUGGUCUGUCGGGAUCUGCCGUUUAGUACGGAGGCUGGGGGGACGGGCGAGAUGAUUCGGGUACCCGAAGGACAUGUCUAUCUCGCCGGUGAUAAUCUCCCCUGGUCGAGAGACUCGCGAAAUUACGGACCCAUCCCCAUGGGGUUGAUUAAUGGCAAGAUUGUCGCGAGGGUGUGGCCCCCUUCGCGGAUGAUGUGGGUGGAAAAUACGUUGAAGCCGGCGCAGUUGGAUUGA